AUGUGCGGCAUUCAUGUCGCUAUAUCUGCAGCUGGAAAACGCACCAUUUCCCCCGCCCUUGAACGACGACUACGAAAUCGCGGUCCGGAUCACACAGGAACAGUCACCACGCGCGUCGGAGACACGACGUUGACGUUUACGUCUACAGUGCUUUCCCUACGGGGUGACCAUGUUGUGAAGCAGCCGCUGAUUGACGUCGAAACUGGCUCCGUGCUUUGCUGGAACGGGGAAGCCUGGACGCUCCGGGGAAACAGCAUCCUAGGCAAUGACGGCCAGGCCAUUCUUUCUUCGCUGAGCAAGGCUAGUCGCCACGGUCUGGCGGACAGAGAUGGUGAUGAUGACGACAACUUCAACGACACGGGUGUACUCGAUGUUCUUCGGGAGAUCAAGGGCCCAUUUGCCUUCGUCUUUCUCGACAGACCUGCGAAGCGCCUUUACUACGGGCGAGACCGUCUGGGACGGCGUUCCAUGCUGGUAAGCCCCGGACAACCGUUUCUGCUGUCAAGUGUGGCCGACUACACUCUCUCUGAUUGGGUCGAGGUAGAGCCAGAUGGGAUAUACAUGGUCCAGUUGCAGGAGAUAGAUAUGGCGCCCAAACAGCCUGUACCCGUCCGAUACGGCUGGGCUGAAGACGAGUCCUUGAUAUCCGGCAUCGGAACCUUCAAUUCGGAGAUUCCAGCAAAGUCUUCCCCUCUGACCAACCAUUCCGACGUCGUACGCCAGCUGCGGCAGGUUCUCACCCAAUCCUUGCGGUUGCGGGUUCUGCAAGUGCCGUUACCCCCCGGAGCAUCUCACGCCGACGCCAGGAUCGCAGUCUUGUUUUCUGGAGGUCUCGACUGCACCGUGCUAGCUCGACUGGCCAGUGAGGUGGCGCCUGGUGAUCAAGCCAUUGACCUGGUCAAUGUCGCUUUCGAGAACCCCAGGAUUGCAGCACAGAAUAAAGGCUCUUCCCAAGAUGAGUUAUUCGAGCUGUGUCCAGAUCGCAUUACUGGCAGAAGAUCGUUUGCUGAACUAGUUCACACCUGCCCUGAACGGAAGUUUCGGCUCGUAGUUGUAAACGUGCCUUUUUCACUUGCCUGUCAGCAUCGCUCCGAGGUGAUUGACCUGAUUUACCCCCACAACACUGAAAUGGACCUCUCGAUUGCAUAUGCGUUGUAUUUUGCUGCUCGAGGGGAUGGUUGGUGUCAGGUCGACGCCGAUUCCCAGCCCGAGGCUUACAGAACCACGGCGCGCGUACUGCUCUCGGGGUUGGGGGCAGACGAGCUCUUUGGAGGAUACUCACGACACGCUUCAGCCUUUGAACGCGACGGUUACGGGGGCCUCAUUGAGGAGCUGAAACUCGAUGUGAGUCGGCUGGGCAAGCGGAACCUCGGUCGCGAUGACAGGGUGAUGGCGCACUGGGAAAAGGAAGUCCGCUUUCCCUAUCUCGACGAAGAGUUGGUGCGAUGGGGUAUCCAUGUGCCAGUCUGGGAGAAGUGCGAUUUCGGAAAGCCGCCAGACGACGGCGACACGCCCGAAGCAGGCAAGCGGAUACUACGUCUCCUCGCACAGCAGCUGGGCAUGGGGUCUGUGGCGCUGGAGAAGAAACGUGCGAUACAAUUUGGCGCUAGAACAGCCAAGAUGGAAAGCGGCAAGGUCAAGGGCACAAGUGUCAUUUCCCCUGCUGCUGGUCCUCAGCAGAGGGAAUAG